AUGGAGCGACUGAAGUUACAUCCUAACAUUACGAGCAAACCCGUAGGUGAUGAUAAGCAUGACUUUCGAAAAGCAAUGGAAUUAUCAAAGUAUGGUACCCUUCGUACCACCAAAAUGGCGGUCACUCAAUUGGUUCAGGCGCUAGCAUUCAUCCACAAGUGUGGAUUUGCCGACACCUUGACCGGACGUUAUGGAUCUCUCACAAGCCCUUGCAAUUUUUUUGGCGGCCCCAACGCUGAUCCGGACCUGGUGGGAAAUGGGUCACAACCCAUUAUUAGUGGACUGCCUGUGUUUGAGAGAGAAGGAAUUUUGGGAACGGCGGGUGGAGAGCCCAUAUUUGAAAAAGAAGUCGCUCAUCUGAUUUCACAUCUUUCAACAGGGGAAAAAAUUCCAGAAAAUAUCAAAUUCCAUAGGGAGAAAGAGACUUCUCAAGGUAAAGGGGAGCAACUGCCAACAGCACCUCAAUUGGCCGACUUCUCGUAUAUGAAACCAAAAGGAUGGAAAACCUUGAUUUCUGGGCUCACAUUUGCAACAUUGAGAAUAGCAAAGAGGAAAAGGCUUGGCAUGCUACUUACAGAUGUUUCUACUCUUGAGCCUCCACUCACGCAAUAA